UUGUGUUAACUGAAGUAUUAUCCCAUAAAGGUCAGCCGGGAGUUCCGACGCACUGACCACUGCGGCGGCCGACCGCGCGCACGUUAUCAAACCUACACGCUACACCUCUACACAAAAAUCUCGAACGGGAAUACCGGAUACUGACGCAGUGCUAAGAAAAUACAACCGUCUCACUCUAACACGUGGAUAGGCUGCUACAAUUUUGUGUUUUCUUCUUUGUCUGCAACCGCGAAGCGAUAUCUCUCUAUGCUUAUAGUUAGAAAUAUGUAACUGAAUAGUUUUCUGAGUUUACUUUUGUGUGUAGUUUUGCCAAGUUGAUGUCGUUCGAAAUUAGAAUCGCUGCAUGUUGUGUGUUACUGAUGUGUCAAGUGUAUUGAAAUUCGUUUUUACGUGUAGCUGUUGUUCAGCUGUUUUUUUUUUAUAUUGUGCAAGACAGUGUAAAAUGCGCUCGGUGGCGCGAUGGCGCGGAAACACAUAUUUUAGAUUCCAAUAAUGAACGAAAGUUAGUGAUUUAACUACGGAUUAUGUGCUGUGUUUAUAAAUAACAGUGAUUUUUUUUUUAAUUUUUGUGAAAAUGUUUCGAGGGAGAUUUUCUCCAUUUAACGUGUCAGUAUGGCUGCUAUCAGUGUACCUGCUCCUGCACAUACCGCUCAUAGAGAUGCGCGUCGACGACUUCGAGCAACAGGCGCUCGCGCAGGCCAGAGAGCAACCACCAGCUUCAACAGAGAAGCCAGAACCCGUAGACCAGCUGCAACUGAACCUGGGCAAGUGUUUCCACAUGCCUCGCUCCAAGUGUCCAGCGGAGCCGAACUGCACGAAGAUCGGGAGUAACUCCGUGUUCUGCUGUGACUUAGACAGCGCUAAGUUGAAGGAGGCUCUGGCUUCUGUUAUAACGCAGAACACGACGUAUCUCCAUGUCCUGAACGCAUCCAUUGAUGAGCUGGAUGUCUCGCAGGCCAUGUUCAGAAGGUUGGCAUCCAUGGCAUUCACAGACGGGAAUAUAGGGAAGAUUGUCGGCCAGUUCCCGAAGUACUCAUCAGUGGCUUGCCUGAACAUCUCGAAUAACAACCUCACGACUGCCAAGCUUCAGCCAGCAAUCAAGAGGCCGUAUGCCUAUCUCUUCAACCUGAGUGUGCUGGAUGCCUCAGCCAACAACCUGACGGAGUUCCCUCUCAGCCUCGUGCGUAGCAACCGGAAGAUUUCCGUGGAUUUGUCAGACAACAAAUACCUCCCCUGCAAACCCUUUAUGAAAGCCAUGGACACGAACAACUCCUCGCUAGUGACAUUCCUCAACUACCAGCACACGUACUGCGCUCUGGACAUCGAUUUCAACUGGUUCCAAGACGUCAAAAUAGUCCAGAUAGACCAGCUUAGGAUACAGAAAGAGGUACUGAACGCGAGCUGCCGCAACAUAAAGCCAGCGAACAUCAACUGCACCUGCAUCCCUGAGAGGCUGGACUUCAUCAAUAAUGUCAUCAAUAACAUGGUGGCUGUGGACUGCUCCCAGAGGAACCUGACUGCGUUACCCACUGAUCUGCCGCCUAAUACUGUGAAGUUGAAUGUGUCUUUUAAUAAUAUAACUUCCCUCCAAGCGGUCUCUGACGAUCCUACAUACGAGCAGCUGCACCAACUGAUAGUGGACCACAACGACAUCCCCAACAUCCUGGAGCUGGAGGGCACGCAGUUCAUCGACCACUUCAUGCUCUUCUCCAUCGCUUAUAAUAAGUUGAAGAAUAUCCACACAUACAUAAUAUCGAACCACUUCACGGAGCACACGGGCUCCGCGCUGUUCAUCGCCGGCAACUACAUACACUGUGACUGUAACACUGAGAAGAUGCUGAAGCCCUGGCUUCUAGAAAACAUCAAAAACAUCCCCGACUACAAAAUGCUGGAGUGCGACAAUCACGUGGCAGUUGUCGACAUAGUCGAAGCUCACGUCUGCCACACUCCUCGAGACUGGACUGAUUACAUAUACUACAUCAUAGGACUGGAAGUCCUUAUCCUAGUCCUACUCAUCAGUAAGGUGUCUUACGAUUACUGGGUGUUCAAGACUGCUGGGUACCUGCCGUGGCCUGCGAAUAAAAUGCCAAGAUUGCCUUGUGAUUGGUUGUGCGAGUAGGUUUGACAACCGAAAACGUAUGGAUUGGGCAAUUAUGGCAAGUAUCACUACGGCUACUGAUAAACUGACAGAUAAACUUGAAACUUAAUUUCAGAGGUCUUGGAUAACUUGGAGAAAUUAUAAGUAGCUUCUAUCUGGUAGAUAGCAUUAACUAUGAGACUCCUGACACUUUAUCGGUGACCAGUGAUAUUUUAAGGCCCGGUGCCUUAAUAUUGGUUCGUGGUAACGAGUGCCUUCAUUGUGCUGAAUAUUUUGUUUUGCAAAGACUUUUGUGUUGGUUGAUAGUAACCACAGACUUCUAUGUAAUGCUUGCUUGUGUGGGGUUACACGUUCCUGAUGGCGUCAGUUCAGUCUUUGAACUAGGCUCAAGUAUUACGUAUAGGCCAAUGGCGGAAUAAGGAAUUUAAAAAAAAGUAUAGAUUGUUUUGGCUUUGCUCUGUUGUCGAAAGGCCCUGGUAACCGGUAACCGUGGCUAAAGAAGGAACAUGGUGGGUUUUAGUCAGUGAGCCUAUCUUUAGGAUAAUAUGGUUUAUCAGUCAUAGGCUGAACUGACGCGUGUGACCUCUAUCUUAUUUGUGUUGUAAUGUUUCGUUGUUAAAUGUGUGUGUAUAUGUUGGGUAAAUUUUGGUUGCUACUGUAAAAAUAUUGUUUAAAUAAGGAUUAAGCAGCCAUAAUUAUUAUUUGUAAAUGGUGAACCAAUCACUUUUAAAACGUGUAAAUAAAAUGAAUUCGCUGGAGUGCUUAUAAUCAUAAUCUUGUUAAGUUUAGCUCUUCCACAUUUUUCUUAUUUCUAAGUUAGUUUUUUUGUAUAAAUUGAUUGCGAUCUCUGUAAAUCAGCUGUAUGUAUAAUUUUAUACAUAAGUUCUAUUUUUAUGUAAAUUUUGUUCUUUUUUUACUUUACUUGCCAUUUUGUAAAGAAUCUCUUUUCAAACUUCUCGAAAAAUUUUGUGGACUCUCAAAAUAAUGGGCAAAAAAUAAUCUCUCGGUCUCAAAUAAUGUUUUCAUCUCUUUUGCCAUUUUUUCAAAGACUGAAAUUACUUUGAAUUUUAAACUUGCCAAAGUCCUAAUCGAUUGAUACUCAGCCAUUAUUUUGAUUGACUCAUAACUAUUAUAUUUCUAUAUAUUUCUUCUACUAUAUAAUUAUGUUCCAUGCUUUUGAAGUAGCAAGAACAUCUUAUAGGUAAUAUGCAAAAGUAUAAACGAUAAAUGGGUUUCAAAUACAUUAAUGUUAUUUUUAAGUUUGUAGCGAUUGAGAGCACAUUUUAUAUUUAUGAUUAAAUACAAAAUUUUCUAGAUACCCAGCGUCUCAAAGCUUACAGCCUCUAAAAAGUGUGGCUGCAAAACGGACCUUAUUUCAACGUCAUAAUCUGCCAUUUUUUAGACAAGUGUUCAACCAAUGUUCAACAGACAUUAGAAAGUUUUUGUGGUACGACGGUUAGCAUCCAAUUCCUAGGCUGGGACUUAAGUAAUUACAAAUAAUCUUGUUGGCAUUUAAGUAAUUACGUAUUCAUUAUUAUAUUACGUAUGCUCCAUAUAGCUACGUUCAACAACCGGCCAGUUGAGAGGCUUAAUAAUUAAAGUGUAAGGACCAAUUACUGCUAAAUAUGUUUUAAAUACUAUUUUGUGGAGGCUUCUUGGAAACAAUUUUGUAUUAUUUUGGAAAUCAGUGCCAUAUUCUAUUGUUAUAGAUUGGCUAGAAAUUAUGUUUUUUUUUUUUAUAUUCCCACUUUUUUGUGACAUUUGUUUCAAACUUUUGACUCAAAAUGGUUAAAAACUUUGAUAAUUAUCAUGUAAACUUUUAUGUUAUUUUUGCGUAUGACGUUAUGACUUAAUGAAUGUGAAUUUAUUAUAUCGUAGAUAAAGAACGGACAAAAUAAUGGUUAAUUUUGUGAUUUUAUUAAGAAGUCUUAAGUAUUGAAUUUACUUAUUUUCAUUGCAAACAAAUGUCACAAGAAAGUAAUCUCUUGUCUUAAAAAUUACUGUCAUAGAUACUGUUAAAUAAAUAUAUUUUUGUAAAAUAUUAACUACAACGUGAAGACUGUAUAUUUUGUAUGAAAAUUUUAUAAUAGAUGUUACAUAUUGUA